AAAGGCAGAGGCGUCUGGGAGGCGUUUAGGAAGCACGACUGGGCUGCGGGCUGCUGCGGCUGGCUCGGGGGGCUGGCUGGGCGGCCGGGGGCCGCGCGUCCCCAGCAGGAUGGGCGCCCGCCCCACGUCGGACGUCUGGAAGGACGGGGGACAGCGCUCUCCGGGCUGGGGGACCCCGGCCCGCGGUCCCCGCUGCCUCGGAGUCCUCCGGCUGGGCCCGCGGCCGCCCCAGGAGUGCGGGAUCAGAGGGCGUCCGCCCGGGCUGCCCCGGCCUCGCAGCCCGGCCCGGCCCUCCAAACCGCCGCCCCUGCCCGACACUCACCGCAGCGGCCCGCGCCCCCCGGCCCCGGGGCCGCGCUCCAUGGCUCCUGGCCGCCCGCCCGCGCGCCCGUGGAUCCCUCAGCGCCCCGGCCCGGCCGCCUGCGCUGCUGCCAUUUACUUGCGGGCGGAAGUGAGCCUCGCUCCCGCCACCGCCCCGGAUGUGACGUACCGUGCGCAGGGGCCGACGCGGCGCGCGCCCGGAGGUGGGGCCUGGGCCGGGGGCGGAGCUGACUUGGCGGUGGGCGGGGCCGCGCGGGGUCCAGCCUGGGUUCUCCGCGGACUCGCCGUCGUUCGUUCUUCCGUUCCAGGUCCCGGACUAGGGUGAGACGAGCAAGGCGAGGCCAUGCGGGUGCGGGAUCGGAUCCUGCCUUUUAAAAGACAUUUUGUUCAUCAUGGAUUCUUUGGCAUCGCUCCCAGUUUUUGAAGUAUUGCUUUAAAAUGUAGUGAAUCUUGGUAGCCAAUGGUACCUCCCCCCGCCUGAAGGCCUUUCCCAGCUCCAAACCCCCACCCCUGCAGGCAGCCCCAGCUGUCUCCAACCCAUGCUUUAAUCUGCAGCUUCCUUUACAGAGGAGAUAAGCCCAGGCCAUGCAUGCUGCGCCAGCCCUUCCCCAAGGCCCCAUUCCUUCCGUCAGCUGCCAGGACAGGACUCCCAACCCCCACCCCCCGCUCAGAAAUAGAGACUGACCAGGGGUGGUUUCCGGCCGUUUUUCUCUGACUCCUGCCCAGGGCUCAGCCGCCACCUCCUCCAGCCCUGGGACGGCUGCCCUGGGGUGCACCAGAGUUGCUCUUCCUCCGCUGCCCUGCUCAAGACUCCCAGCAUCAGCUUAGGUUCUUAACUAGGCCCGGCUCCUGCCCAUUUCCUCAGUUUCCUUGUGACUUCUUGGAGCAGGAAAAAGGCCUAUCAGCAGCCUCGUUCCUCCGGCUGGGUCUCCCAGGCCUUCUUCCCCAGGGCUGGGAAGGACCAGCGCUGGGUUGCACCCGAAAGCCCAAAGCCCAGCUUCACCCGCAUCAGUGUGACUCCAGGGCACAGUCGCAGACACAGGGGGAAGGCGGACUGAGCCCAGGAGGCAGGUGUUCCCAGCUGUCCCCCAUGCUGUCUGAUGAUGACCUGCACCCGCAGCAUGAGGAUAAUUCCCCACUCCAUAGGUCAGCCUUUGCAAGGCUGCAGGGUGCUUCCCUGCAUGCUCUUUGAAUACCACUGACCUCAGACCGUCUGGACUCUAUGCUUCUCUCCUCGUGACUUGAGCCUCUCGAUACAUCUGCAAAAUAACUUAGCAAAAUAACUUAGGAAUCAGUGGUCUUAAAUACGCUUCCAAACCUGGAGUCCGGAAUUCUAGCCGUGCACUGUGCACUUUGGAAGCCAUUAGCCCUGUGAGGCUAUUUAACUGUAAAUGAAUGGAUUAAAAAUAAAUAAAACUUAAAAAUCAGUUCUUUAGUUGCAAAGGCCUUAUUUCAAGUGCUCAAGAGCCAUGUGGCAGUGGUGGCUCCCAUAUUAGAGGUCCAGAUGGAGAACCUGUUCACCAGGAAGGUUCUAGAAGCAGUAGUCUGGCUGGUGAGCUCCAAGAAGAAAGGCAUCUGUGUCUGGCUCGUUCCCUGUUGUGUACCCAGUGUUCAGCUUGGGGCUUAGCAUUCAGUAGAUGCUCAAUAAAUGUUGAUAGAAAGAGAGAAGGGAAGAAGGAAGGGAAGGAGAGAAGAAAGCUUCUAAAAAUCUAAAUAAAUAUGAAAUUGUCUUGCCAAUGGGUUUCAGC